GCCGCCGCGGUAGGACCGAUGCUCGGAAAAUCUUCUCAGAGACACCCUCUCUCCUUUUGCGCCAUCCGUCCGAAAAUAGGAGGAGAGAGAAAGCGAGGGCGAGCGAAGGAGAGGGAACCGUGCCUGAACUUAGGGUUAGGGUUUGAAGGUUGGAGAUGAGUUAGCACCACCAACAAUCUACAAGAGGCCGUAGAGUCUGAUCGAUUCCAGUUCAAAGAAGAGUCUUGUAAAGAUAGGAAGAUUCGGAUUCGAAUUUGAGGGUUUGAUAGCCUUCUUGUUAUAUAUUUACCGAUUUCUUGGUGUAUUUCUGGAGCUAUUAACUGUAUGAGAAAUUUCAGUUUCAAGAAAUAGUAGGUUGAUGGAAAUGAGUUGGUUUUUGUCAUGAUUUGGGGCGUGUGUACUGAAGCUUUUAGUUGGGGAAGAGAUGGAUCGGUUCUUCUCCCCGAUUUCAUGCUUCGACGUGAUAUUUUCACAAAGAUGAAUUUUUGUAAAUAGAGUAGUGGUUGCUGCACUCUGAGGGGAUUUCAACGCGGUUUUAUCAGGGAAGAAUUCGAUUUUUUUUUUUUUUGGUGAAGUGGAGCAAACUGGUGUAAUUUUUGGACAGAUGUUUUAUUCAGAUAGUGGAAGGAUCGAGUGGAUUUAAUUUCUUUAUAUGGUCUGGGGGUUUUGUUGUUUGGCUGUGAUUGCCGCAACAUGAGUUGUGGUGGCGACUGUAGGGACGGCAGAAAAGAGGGUGAGGAGUUUAAGCGUCCCGGACUGAACAAAGUGGCGGAUGAUUUUGUUCAGCUUGGAAGGCACUCCUUUGGAAAGAAUGGUACUGUUCCAUCUCUAUCCCUUGAUAUCGAUGAGAAGCUACUGAUUGACCCAAGGUUGCUUUAUAUUGGAUCAAAGAUUGGAGAGGGAGCCCAUGGGAAAGUCUACGAGGGAAAGUAUAAAGAGCAAAUUGUAGCAAUCAAAGUACUCAAUAGUGGCAACACUCCUGAAGAAAAGGCAACAUUUGAAGCUCGUUUUAUUCGAGAAGUGAAUAUGAUGUCCAGAGUGAAACAUGAGAACCUUGUCAAGUUCAUCGGAGCAUGCAAGGACCCAAUCAUGGUAAUUGCCACAGAGCUACUACCAGGAAUGUCGUUAAAAAAAUAUUUAUUGAGCAUUCGCCCCAAACAACCUGAUCUUCAUCAAGCAGUUAGCUUUGCACUUGACAUUGCUCGUGCAAUGGACUGCCUACAUGCUAAUGGGAUAAUACACAGAGACUUGAAACCUGACAAUUUGUUGCUUACUGCAAAUCAGAAGAAUGUCAAGCUUGUUGAUUUUGGACUUGCAAGAGAAGAAACUGUGACUGAAAUGAUGACUGCUGAAACUGGAACAUACCGUUGGAUGGCUCCUGAGUUAUAUAGCACUGUUACACUGCGCCGUGGUGAGAAGAAGCACUACACCAACAAGGUUGAUGUGUACAGCUUUGGCAUCGUUCUGUGGGAGUUGUUGACCAACAGAAUGCCAUUUGAAGGCAUGUCCAACUUGCAGGCUGCAUAUGCUGCUGCUUUUAAGCAAAUGCGGCCACCCCUUCCAGAGGAUGCACCCCCCGAGCUAGUGUUCGUUGUGCAAUCAUGCUGGGUUGAGGACCCUAAUACACGUCCCAGUUUCAGCCAGAUUAUACGGAUGCUAAAUGCCUUCCUCUUCACCCUCCCUCCACCAUCCUCACCAGAGCCUGAAGCUGUACCUUCUGUGGUGAACAACAGGGGCGCUAUUACGGCAGCAUCCUCUGCUCGCACUGGAGGCAAGCUUUCUUUUCUUCGUCAGCUCUUUGCUGCAAAGAGGGCAGGCAAUAGUAGAACAUGAGCAGUAAAGGCUGUGGAUGUUUCUUUCUUGAAAAGGGAAGCAUCAUAGGCUGUGUCGUACAGGAAUACCAUGCUUAUUAGACAUUGUAAGGAAUGAUACUAAAGCAAGCAGAAAUUACAAGUUGCAUAAAAAUCUGAAUUCCUGAUCAUCUAAUUUAACAGUCUGACAGCAGACCUCUCUUGCUUA